AACGAUUAGUUUAUUUCGAUAAGUAAGUUAAAAAAAAUGUUAUUUUUUAUAAUAACAUAUUUUAUUUGCUCGACAUUAUCAGCAACUGACACAGAAUAUGAAGAUAUUCUUCCAUUUGCACUUCCAGAUAUUGAGUUGCCAGAUUCCAUAAUGAACGAGAAGGAAGUUAUAGAACAGAAUUUGGAUUUUGAAGUAAUUGAUUAUUGCGUCCAUACUUCUGGAGUGGACGUGGAAACACUAAUGCAUAUGAUAGAAUACAUGCGAGUACCAGAUGAACAAGAAGUGAAAGACUUUUUAUUCUGUUUUGGCAGAAACCAAGGAAUUCAACAUGGAAAUGGCAAAAUUGAAUUCGAUAUGUUGUUUACAUUUUUGAUCAGCAUGGAUUUUGGUCACGAAUGGAACAUUCGCAAUCCACUAAAAAACUGCAUAGAAAAUAAUUAUGAUGGAUCUGAAAACGCCUAUAUAACUGUAAAAUGUAUUAUGGAGGAAUACAGCAUACUCAAUUUGGUACCGACGUGGUGGCAUGUUUUUAUGAAACAUUUCCUUUGAAAAUAGUGAACAAACCGAUGCGUGAUGGUGCAAGUGUUAAUGCAGGGUUAAUAAAAAAUUUUCGAAUUCCAAAAGAUGUAUAUGAAUUAAAUGUAAAAACAAUUAAAUAAAUAAUAGAUUCCA